CCCAUCUCGACAUAACACAUGAUUCUCUCACCUUGUUCCUAGCUAUCAUACUAUCAAUUUAUUCAUCAACUUGGUUUAGGUAUAAGUAUACAAGCUUACUCAUGCACUUCUCCAAACUUUCAACAACAAUAGAGGAAUCAUCAAAUUAUUGUAAAAUUUAACAUCUUUUUCAUGGAAACUCUUAGGAAAAGGUCGAGUUCCGGUGAGAUAUUCUCCUUCCCUAUCACCCAGAACGAAGAGCUGGAUUCGGAGUUCGAAUUUGGGUGUUUUACCCCGGAUUCGCCUUCUCAAGAUCUAUAUAGGACCUCACCGGCAGAUCAUCUUUUCUGCAACGGCCGACUCUUGCCACAUGCCUUUCCUUUACCACCUGCAGCGACUACUGCAGUCGUCGCGAGUGGUCGUAGUUCUCGUGAGACGAGCAGAACGAGCAGCAUCAACAGCAAGGAUUCGUUGAUGUCUUCCAGAAGUAACAGCACGAACAGCAGGAGCAGUUGCAGCAGCGCACGGACGAGCUCGAGCGACAAUUCAGAGAGGAGGUUGCUGUGCCAUAGCAAGAUCCAUGCAUGUAAUAAAGCGAGUAAAAUGGUAACAGCUCAGCUAUAUGGGGAUGCUCAGAGAUGGCAGUACAUUACGGCGGUGCCUGUUCUGAAACGCGAGGCUUCCAGGAGGAAGAAUAGUGGGGUGGAGAGGAAAGAUGCCUUGAGAGGCAAGAAACAAGGUGAUCAUCAACAACAAAGGACUGCCACUAAGGGAAGAUCGGAACCUUGCCUGAGGUUUUUCAGCCUGUUUUUGUUGGCCUGUAGAGAAUGUCAUGCUAUGGAACCUUCCAAGAAACAAGAAUAACAUAUGAAUGCAUAUUAAUAUAUAUAUAUAUAUAUAUAUUUCUUGAUUGACUUGUGAGGAUUUUCUGCUAUGAACAUCAUUUUGUUUGGAAUUUUGAUGAAAUACUUCUUGCCAACUAGAAAGAAAAUAAAUAAGUACUUUCGUUCUGG